AGCACAAGAAGAAGUAUGUGUUGCGUUAACGCAUGCGCAUUCAGUUACUCGUGUUAAAUGGAGGCUAUUUGAAAUGUUUUCUGCUUUAACAAAAAAUACGAUUGUAUUAAUAUUCACCAGCUAGUUACUUUUGCAGAGAGCGGUCACUAUGGACUGUAGUGUUGAUGGUGCAGAUGAGGUGGAGAAGGAGAGCACAACAUCUGAAAUACAUUCUCCUGUAAUGGACCGUAACCCAUCACCACCCCCAGAGACAGCAGAUGGAGAGGAGGACGAAGUUUUGGAUGCAAUUGGAGACACUGUGUACAGCAAACACUGGCUUUUCAGCACCCUGACUCGUCUCAUCCAUAUGGUCACAGAGCAUUCAGAGGAGGACUCUGAAGGUCAAAUGCAGCUCCCUGAUGAUGAUGAGGAAGAUCUAUGUAGAGUCUGGGAUAUGGCAAUGGAUAAGGACGUGGCUGGUUUUCUGCAGGAAUUCAAAGCUACAGAUAUCCUUCUCGGGGUGAUAGCUAAAUCUCGUUGUCCACGUCUCACAGAAAUUUGUGUGGGAAUCCUUGGGAACAUUGCUUGUUUUCCUGACACUUGUCUGGCUCUCAGCCAAAAUGGAGACUUAGGAGCUGUGCUGUUGCUUCUUCUUGGAGACACAGAUCCUCCAACCCUCUUGGAAACAAGCAGAUUGCUGCUGACCUGUGUCUCUCAGAAAGAUGUUUGUUCCCUGUGGCUUCAGCGAAUACGACAGCAGACGUCUGUGCACCCCAACCUCUGUUUCAUCAUGUGCAGUUCCACCAAUACUGACCUGCUUGAGAAAGUCGGAGAGCUGGUUGAGAAGCUGUUUGACCUUGACGAGGAGCUAAUGAAGAGUUGGAUCGCAGCUCAGCCCAGUGAGGAGGAUGAUGAUGGUGAAAGCCGUUUGGACUUGGCCUCAUGUCUCCUUGAGGCAGCCAAGCAGCUUAGACCGGAGAGUCCAAAUGGUUUAGAGGUUUUCCUUCACGCCCUCCAGCUCCUUACCACUAUAGAUGAGGGCAUUCCAGCUGCCCCUGAUGGACCCGGCAAAGCUGUAUGGGACUUUGUUUGUGAGGUUGUAUGUGAGGACCUUUGCCAGCCAAACGAUCUUCCAGUUGUCCUGCAAGAGCAGAAGAGCAUUUUGGUUCAGGCAUUUUCUGUACUUCAGGCUCUUUAUAGAUGCCAAGAUCAGUGGCCCAGCAAAAGUGACACAAGUCUGCCUCUCUUUGCGACCAUUUUGCGGGUGCUCCAGUACCACAGUGAGUGCAAAGAUGAUGGCACCAGCAAAGAAGGCAGAAAAGACAAACAGCUGCAGAUUCUGUCAGAGAUCACGGCUGAGUUUCUAGCUGACAUCUGCAGUCAGAUUCCCAAGGAUACUGUGGCAGAUUUGGUGAAGGAAGGUUUCCUGACAGAGAAGACUUGUCUCAUAGCUGCAGGCAGUUUACUCCCCAACUUUAAGACUUCAUUUCAGCACCUGCAGUUGAUGUUGUCAGAGACUGAUCCCCAGUUGGCAGACGUGGUGAGGAAACAGUUUCCUGACUGAGACACCCAGCAGAUCAGUGUUCAGCACUCAUCCAGACUCCCACUACUGCUUUUUAUAGUGGACUAUUAUUUCCUCUCCAAAGUCUGCUCCAAGUCAGACUAUUUGCAUUUCCACCGGAACAACUCAGAUGUCACACAAUCGCUAUUGUGAACUACUUAUGGCUACAGUCUGUAAAAGUUAAGUUGUGCUUAUAUUUAAAGUUUUGUUUUGAGAAUACUAUUUUUGUAUCAAGUAAAAUUUGUCUUUUUUUAUUAAAGCAAUUUCUGCUCAUAAGCAUUUACUGAAACAUUAUUAUCAUAGCUGGAUGCACAAGCCUCAAACAGACAGCAUAACAGUCAGUACACUUUGGUCUUAUGGCCACUUUUUCACCCAAAAGAACUGCAACAGAAAAUGUUACUAAUACUCUUCACUGGACCGUCUUUGCACUUCACUCAUCCAAUGCCUGUAAAUUUACAGAGCAUUUAUCUGAAGGUGGUCAAUUAGCAUCCAAAAUUCAUUAACAUUUAACCAUGGUUUUUUCUCUAUUUAAAAAUGUAAAUAAAACACUGGUACAUUGAAGAUCUUACUGUAGUGUUGUACAUUUUACUGUUGGAAAUAUACACUACCUUUGAUAAUUAA